AUCAGGUGGUGCAGCCGGCGUGUUCAGACCCCUGUGUGUGUACGUGCGUGUGUAGGGGGAGGGGAGACAAGUAAGAGGGGUAGUGUGGCUGUCAUCACUGGGUACAGCAAGGGGAGCUAACUCUUUUAACAUUCGUUUCCAUUGUUCGCUCAAUCGGCGAAGUGUCGCGUGUACUGAUUACCUGGGGUAGGAAGGCGGUUGGGAGAUGUUUUUUUUUUUUAUCUGAAGCUCAAGUGAGUCACGUGGGUAUGAGAGUUUGUUUAUUUGUGUUUAAUGCCGUGCCAGCAACUAGGGCUAUAUCAACGUAUGAGGGUAUGAGAGAAGACUAAUACUGGUUUGGAUCUGAGAUGAACCUUAUCUGCUUCUCUGGUCAUUUUAUCUGCCACCUGAAACACGUUCAGACAAGAAAUGUGUAUGUGUGUGCCAGGAGGAUGCCCGACGUUUACACUGGAUUACUUACGAUCCUUCAUUACUACUUGAAUAGACAGCGACCGAGUGAAUAGAAGUUUGUCGAGUGCAUUGAUGUUGAUGUUCCUCUGAUCCGGAAACAUUCGAGCGACAUUAACCAUCAACAAGACUGGAAAAAAAAAAAAGGUGCAAAGGAAUAAGAUCUUGAAGUGUUCUUCCGACCAUGAUUUAUCAUCAGUGCAGUUACACAGUCAGCUUUGUAACGACAAGAGCAAAGCAUGUGGAGUCAACCAAUCAGUAAUCGACUAUGUGUGACGUAGCUAAGUGAUUUUGGAGUUCAUCUGUGGCAACGAGACCUUUCAACCCCAGUCACAUCAUGGGCUGAUGGUACAGUUGAGAAAUCCACCCACAUGAUUUAUUCCAGAGUUCACAAGUUUACCUUGGUGUGUCUAUCCCCAGCCCCUCAUCUUCCGACCACAACCCCAUAAUCCCGUUUAUGAAAUGAACCUUCUAGUUUUAUUGUGGAACAGCCCAUCUCGAACAAUCAAAGACAAGACAUGGAUUUAUUUCUUGACCUCGGUGAUGACCAGCACUGUCUUGCAGUCCCAUCUGUCAUGACUGCAUUCUACACCAGUCCAGAAUAACAUUAUUUACAUAGGAGGAUCGUCGCAAAAUCUCUGGAUUCUGUGUGUUGUUCAUCGCCAACAAUUGUGUGUCCGCAUGUCGGCUGAUCGUCUUCAGUUCAUCUUUGAAGAUCCUUUACAAUGGCUUAGAGUAUGAGCACCUGAAGAAAGCAGAAAGGUUCCUUGAAGGACAACGAUGCACCUGCUCAUCUCUGCGAUGAUUCAUCAGCCACCAACGGCCAGGAGCGCCCUGUUGGCGUUGGCCUUCACGUUGUUGGUGCCCCUCUGCCUCAACACCAACCCUAUGGUCGCACAUGCGCAGACUUCUUAUUCUUGUACUCUUGACAACGUGUCGUGUGUCCUGAUGUCUGCGACGGUAACCAGUCCGCCCAGGUGCUUCGGCACCACCCUGCCCUUCACCCACACCGCCCUGUUGUGGACCAACGACUCCAGCACGUUGGUGGACAUCAAGACUCACCUGGCGUUGUGGGAGGGGCUGAGGAACAUCCCGCAGUGCUGGGCGGUGGUGCAACCUUUCCUGUGCUCCAUGUACCUCCCAAAAUGUGACAACAGCACCGGUCGGGUGGAGUACCCGAGUCAAGAGGUGUGCGAGAAGGUGCGGGACCCAUGCAGCGUUGUGGAGCAGUUCAACGAGGCGUGGCCUUUCUUCUUGCGAUGUUCGCAGCCUUAUUUCAAGAGAAAUUGUAGUCCGUUGACCUACGACCAGGUCAAGUUCAACACGACUGCAGAAUGCAAGCGCCCCCUCGUACGGACCGACAACUCUGCCAGCUGGUGGGAGGGGCUGGAUGGGUGUGGGGUGCAGUGCCAGAACCCUCUGUUCACUGAGUCGGAACAUGAACAAGUGCACGUGUUGGUGGCCGUCCUGGGGUCGCUGUGCGUCGUGUCCACACUGUUCACAGUGCUGACCUUCAUGAUAGACUGGCAAAACGCCAACCGCUACCCAGCCCUCAUCCUGUUCUUUAUUAACAUCUGCUUCUUGCUGGGUAGUGUCGGGUGGAUGGCGCAGUUCACCGGCACGGCUCGUGAGGACAUCGUGUGUCGGCGUGAUGGCACAAGAACGAAGGAACCGCAACUAGGGUCGGGAGAGACAGCCGCCUGCGCCACGGUGUUUGUGGUCAUCUACUACUUCAUGAUGGCGGGGCUGCUGUGGUUCGUCAUGCUCUGCUACGCAUGGCACCUGACCUUCCGGGCGCUGGGCACGCCCCGCGAUGACCUGGCCUCCAAGACGGCCUACUUCCACCUGGUCAGCUGGUCUCUGCCUCUGGUGCUGACUAUCGUGUGCCUGGCCAUCUCCGAGAUUGAUGGGGACUCUCUGAGUGGCAUCUGCUUUGUCGGCUUCCGCAAUCACACCGCACGUGCAGGGUUUGUGCUCGUGCCUGUCGGCUGUGUCCUAGUAGGUGGGCUGUUCUACCUCAUCAAAGGUUUAUCCACGCUCAUCAAAAUCAAACAAGACACGCCAGCUUUUGUCGGUGAAAAGGCUACCGCUAAAAUACGGGAGACAAUCUUUAGACUGGGUAUAUUUUCCGCUCUUUCUCUUAUUUUUGGAAUCUUCACUUUUUCCGUCCACAUCUACAUCUUCGUCUGUGAAUACAUCUGGCAAAGCAGUUUUAAGGAUUAUAUCACCUGCCAGACAAACAUAACGAUAUCCAGCGCCACUGGGAACAACGCCCCAAAAUCCUGUUCGUUAGAGAAUCGCCCCAGUCUGGUUGCCAUGGAGAUCAACAUCUUUGCAUUCUUUGGAUCCGGGAUAGUCAUGAGCUCCUGGUCUUGGACAAAAGCAUCGCUGUCCGCAUGGGAGCGCUUUCUCCGGAAGGUGUUUCGCAAGCCAUCAAACAAGCCGGUACAGCUGCGACGGCAUCGCAUGAUCGCCCAAGCAUUUCGGAGGCGACGUGACCUCAGCGACGGGCGGCUGUCCAUGAGCUUCCACAGCACCCACGAUGACCCCCUGGGUAUGAAGUUCGAUCUCCACAGCGUCACCUCCAACAUGUCCAACAUGUCCAACUUUGCCCACAACAUCCCACGCCUGGUUCGCCGUCGUGGAGGGUUAAUGCACCCGACAGCGGGAACCUUCAGGCGCUAUUCAGAUUCCGACAUUGCCUCUGUGAUGUCUCGACGAUUGUCCGAGAACUCCAUGCAGUUCGACCAUGGCGGCGAUGGCCAGUUCGUCUUCAUCGAAAGAGAGAACUCCUCCAACAACGGCGGCGGCUCGGUGGUCGGUUGGACCAAACGACGUCGGCGGAGAAGGAAGAGGAGGAAGAAGAGGAAUGCCAUCCAACCCAUCAUGGGGCCCGUACUGUCCGGCACUGGGCUCGGCCUGGCACGCCCUCUGCCCAAGGACUUCGUCGAGGGUCCGACACCUCCGUCCUCAGCAAAGCGUCUGCUCAGGGCAUCAAGAUGCACCUGAACCAACAGAAUUAUGGGAUUACCGGAUCGAUGUCGUCACUUCCAGGUAUGGAGCACGUGCCGGCGUGGGCUCUGGCUGCCGGCAGCAUCUCUGACGUGGCGGCAGGUGCUGCAGCACACCGCAGCAGCCGCAGGAAGAUCCCGCGCCUGGAGCCCGUCAAACGCAGCAGCAGCAGCCGUGCGU